CGCAGUGGUUAGCAACGCUGUUGAGGGCGUAUGGACUCGGUCGCCCGUAGCUCAGUGAGCAGCAGCGAUAAUUCCUCUAGUCUGGAACGGAUUGUAGACGCGGUUAUCGUUUCAGUCUAUUUAGGCUCGCGAUUUUCUUUCGUUCCAUUUUUCAACUGAAGGCCUUUCACUGAAAAGUGGGUGUCUCUGCUACUGGUGUUCAGACAGCGGCGAGUGCAGAAGUGUGUCCUCGAUGGCAGGGUGGAAGGACGGUUCGGUGCAGGAGAAGUAUCGACUGGUUGUGGUUGGAGGUGGUGGUGUCGGGAAGUCAGCCUUAACUAUACAAUUUAUCCAGUCCUACUUUGUCACUGACUAUGAUCCCACGAUUGAAGACUCGUAUACAAAACAGUGUGUCAUUGACGAGAGGGCGGCCCGGCUUGACAUCCUGGACACGGCCGGACAGGAAGAGUUUGGAGCCAUGAGAGAACAAUACAUGAGGACAGGGGAGGGCUUCCUGCUUGUCUUCUCAGUCACUGACAGAGGAAGCUUUGAAGAAAUCUACAAAUUCCAAAGACAGAUCCUCAGAGUCAAAGAUCGUGAUGAAUUUCCCAUGAUCCUUGUAGGCAAUAAAGCAGAUCUGGAGCUCCAGAGACAGGUGACCCAGGAAGAGGGCCAGCAGCUGGCCAGACAGCUCAAGGUGACGUAUAUGGAGGCCUCAGCCAAAAUCCGUAUGAAUGUAGACCAGGCUUUCCACGAGCUGGUUAGAGUAAUCAGGAAAUUCCAGGAACAGGAAUGCCCACCCUCGCCAGAACCCACGCGGAAAGAAAAGGACAAGAGUGGCUGUCAUUGUGUGAUCGUCUGAGUGGGCCUUAUCACUGUCACUCACCCAGCUACUGUCACCAGUCCCCGCCCCCUGCCUGACAUGACAUCCUGUAUGGAUGGCUGAGCGCUGCCUUCUCCACGUGCAUGACUCCUGUGGUAGCUACCAGGAACUGCUACCCCCCACCCCGCUCCCGGACUUCACUUCUAGAAGAAACUGACAACGCCAAAUGUUAAAAAAACACCACUUGACCUUCAACAUUAAUCAAAUUCAUAUGAGAAAGUCCUAACACUAAACAUUGCCUCUUAAAUCAGCUAAACAAUAUAAUUUUUUGUAUUCUGAAGGACUUUUUCUUGCCUUGUAGUGACAUUUGUACUUUCUGCCGAGAUUGAAUGAGAAAUAUAUAUAUCCAGAAUGUCAAUGAGAGGUUUGUUAGUUACCAGUUUCUCAUCAGAAUAGAGAAAGAGAUGAUCUUAUGAAGCUUUGUGUAUGUCAUACCAUAUCCGUUUUUACUUCCAUGUGCUAAUCCGCUACUGUACAUAAGUGAAAUUUGUUGUGAUUUUGAAAGCGCAUUUCUAAUGACUUAUUAAAUCGCCACAGUACAGCGUGUAAGGUU